AUGGAAGACGUUUCUAACACCCUCGCUAAACGCUCUCAACAGCCAGGAGAUCUUGAAAAAGAAUUUCCAAACGAUGCGAAAAGAUCAAAGAGCCAAGAGGAUCCGGCCAUUUCCAUUGAAGACGCGAGGAAGGAGGAACUUCGUUCCGAUGCCCAAAUUGUCAGGAACAUGGAAUGGGACACUUCUGGCUGUGCCCAUAAACUCGUCUCAAAAUGGGAGGCUGGAGAAGAAGGUCAAGAAGAAUUGAGAAAUCUUCGCCAAAAACUGGAGGACUUCAUCAAGAUCAUUGAUGACAAACAAAGGAGGAUGCAAGAACACCUGAAGAAAGUGGAUAAAGUUCAAAAACAGGACAAAGACCUUUCGAAUGAGGAGAACCAACCAGUCCAGGAGCCAGCUGCCAACAACGACAUCCCGGCGGAAAAGAUCACUCUGGCCAACAGUGACACUGUCAGAGAACUUACGGACACCAUCCAUGAGGACGUCGUUUUGGAUAUGUCUGCCAAGAAGCCCGAAAUUCCAUGCCUGGACAAAAAAGUCGUUGCUUCGUCAAGUUCGCAGAAGAACGGGAAGAACAAGAAGAACGAGGACACUCGUGAUGCCACCGAGACGGCCGCAGUCGAUUCUGAACACCAGACUGAGCAGCCUGAAGAUCUUCGUCUGGCCACAAAAAUUAUCACAGAGCCAGAAACUUCAAGUGCACAGAAGGUGCACACAGACAACAGAAGAUGCUACAAGUGCAGGGAAGGGAUGCGACUCUACGGACAAACAGUAUUCCAAUGCAUGGGCUACGCUUGCGAAGUUAAAAUCAUAGCAAAAGAAUAUUAUUAUCACUAUGAAAAGGGAGCACUGCCAGUGAAAGUAUGCGAAACAUGUUACAGAAGCGGAAAAACAUGUAACAAAAGAAAGGACAAAUUUGUCCUUAAACAGAACGACCGACAGCCAGUACCGUUUUACGAAUGCCGCUGUGGCCGAGUCGCGCACAAGUACUGCACUCACCCGGAGGACAACGUGGCCACCUUCCAGUGCGACCACUGUACAAAAGAAGUGAAGGCGUUGCCAUCCACUGCCGAUCUUCCAAAAAACGAGUUGACUAAAAAUCUGGAAGAGGAACUGUUGAGACGUAUGAGACGAUUCGAUGAAAAUGCCAUGUUCACUGUUAGUCAACAGUGUUAUAAGGAAAAUAUGUAUAUGAACAUCGACCAGCUUCCCGCCAAAAUCAAGGAGAACUUUACGACCGUCAAGAAGGUGAAGUAUGCUGUGAGAACAAUUUCUGUUUCUCAAAAAAUUGAAGAUGUUGACUGUUGCAUCGUUCAGUGGAUUAUACACGAAACAACGUCAGCGGACAAGAAUGGCCGAAAAUGGACCUUCCCUCAAUAUCUCGACAGCCUUCGUGUCUUCGAGGAGUCUGACGAUGGAAAUGGAAAGCCGGUGAAAGAUCCAAGGAACAAAGGCGGGGUUGUGGCUGCUAUAAUUUUGGAAGAAUACUUCAAUUUUAUGAAAUCGUUCGGGUACACAAGAGGCUUCUUGUUGGCACAAGUUCCAAAGCCUGGCACGGAGUACCUUUUCUUUAUGAGGCCAUCGUGGCAGGAGAAGGUGCAACUCACCCAAGAGAAUCUGUUGGGGUGGUACAACAAAACGUUUGGGGAAAUGAAGAAAAACGGAUCCAUCAUAGGAUACGAAGUUCUUCCAUCGAGCAACGUCCCAUCGACUAACGAUUCACCGACCAGCGUGGACCAAACGAGAGCUGACAAGGAGCCAAACAACUAUUUGAUUCAAAUAACGGAAGACGGAGGAAACAGACAGAUGAAUGGGACCGACAUUUUCAGUCCAAUGUCCGUAGAGAUUGCAAGUUCUCAGGACGCGUUCUAUGACAAUUUGUUCGAUCACAGUUUGGAGUUUUCUUCGCUCCGUUGGAUUCGGUACUCUACCGCCGUGCUUACGUUGAACGUUAAAAAUGCCGUUGCUGACGAUAAAAAGAAACGCGAGGCAUCAAUUCUAAAAAAAAUGAAAGAAAAUGCAAAGAAAGCGGCAAAGAAGUCUAAGCGCUCGAAAGUUCAAGAAUCGCAAGGAGCCGAAAAUCAAUUGGAAUAA